AUGCCCCCUAAGAAAGUUGUUCAGGAGGAAAAGAUUCCCCUUGGCCGACCUGGGAACAACUUGAAGAGUGGAAUUGUUGGCCUUGCAAACGUUGGCAAAUCUACAUUGUUCCAGGCCAUUACAAAAUGCAACCUUGGCAACCCAGCUAACUUCCCCUAUGCCACCAUUGAUCCUGAAGAGGCUCGUGUCAUUGUUCCCGAUGCUAGAUUUGACUGGCUAUGCGAGAAGUAUAAGCCCAAGUCUCAAGUUCCUGCCAAUUUGACGGUUUAUGACAUCGCUGGUCUCACACGCGGUUCAUCCACCGGAGCUGGUCUUGGAAACGCUUUCUUGUCGCAUAUUCGCGCAGUAGAUGCCAUUUUCCAGGUUGUUCGAUGCUUCGACGACGCCGAAAUUAUCCAUAUUGAGGGUGACGUGAACCCCACUCGAGACUUGGAUAUUAUCAGCGAGGAGCUCAGACUCAAAGAUAUUGAGUUUGUUGAAAAGGCUCUGGAGAAUCAGAAGAAGAAGACCCGCAUGGGCGGCCAGAGUCUCGAACUCAAGAAGGCUAAGCAAGAACAAGACAUCAUCGAGAAGAUCUUGGCUUGGCUGCAAGAUGGCAAGGAUGUCCGCAAAGGUGUCUGGGGCCCGAAAGAGGUUGAGGUUAUCAACCCGCUGUUUUUGUUGACAGCUAAACCGGUUGUAUAUCUGGUGAACUUGUCUGAGAAGGAUUAUGUUCGCAAGAAGAACAAACAUCUCCCCAAGAUCGUUGAGUGGGUCAAGGAGCAUGCCACCGGCGACCCCAUCAUUCCUAUCUCCGUGAGCUAUGAGGAGCGUUUGACACGCUACGAAACCGAGGACGAGUCCAAGGAGGAACAAAAGAACGUCGGGGCUGAGUCGGCGCUGCCCAAGAUCAUCACCCAAAUGCGCAAAACGCUGCAAUUGGGAAGUUUCUUUACAUCUGGCGCUGAUGAGGUCCGUCAAUGGACCAUCCGUACUGGAACCAAGGCGCCUCAGGCUGCUGGUGUCAUUCAUACGGAUUUUGAAAAGACCUUUAUCCAAGCUAUUGUCUACAACUUUGAUACUUUGAAAGAGAUGGGCGACGAAUCGGAGGUCAAGGCAAAGGGAAAGAUGAUGACCAAGGGCAAGGAAUAUGUCGUCGAAGACGGCGAUAUUUUACUCAUUAAAGCCGGUGCUGCUAAGGGUUAG